AUGUCCGACCGUAGUGAACCAUCCUCAUCGUCAGAUUAUGAAGAGGAACCAUCAUCAUAUACUGAAAAUCUUCCACCACUACCAGCAGCAACAACCACGUCAACAACAACAACAACAACAACAACUACGACUACUACUAGUAGUACUGCUGCAGCGACUGGAACUGGAACAACAACCGUAACAGACAAGCAAGAAUCACUUAAAAAUUAUGUAACUAAUCUAUUAGCUCGACAUGUUCUACGUGAUGAUGAACAAUCUGAUCUAACUGAAACUGAAAUAAGAAUUAAUCCACGAGACAGUCCAUACCAUGAUUAUCAUAAUGUCUCAGCUUUUCGCCAGUAUCAUUCGAAUGCCGAAGGAACUGUAAGAACAGGUGCUCAACGACGACAAGAUACAACAAGUGAUGAAGAAGGAGGAUUAAGAGAUGGAACAUCAACAGAACAAUCCGAUGAAACCGGUACAGAACUAAAUUUAGAUCCCGAUCCGAUUAUUGAAGAACGUGAAAGUGCUGAGCAACGAUAUAAACAAAAAGUUUAUUUACGUCAAUUACAACCACCGACUCCCCAACCAAUUGAAAUUCAAGUUCAAGAAGUUUUACUUCAAGGACAAACACCAAAACCACCAAUACAUGUUCGAGUUGCCAAACCUCAACCAAGAACUCCAUCACCAAUUGUGAUUAAAAGUGCACCACCACCACCUCCUCUAGUAGAAUCUGAUCAACCAAUUGUCUAUAAUAAAUAUGUACCUCCUCCUAAACAGCCACCACAGCAGAUUAUCAUUCAUCGACAUCCAGAUUUGCCGCCUAAACCACGUCCGAUCGUUGUUGAACAAUGGUUGCCAUAUAAACCAGCUCCUAAACGUAUCAUAAAACACUCAUUACCACCGGAAGCUCGUCAAACUCCACCUGCUCCACACAAUAUAGUUGUCUCCUAUGCUAAACCACGUGCUCUAAUUGAAGUCGAAUUAGUUCGUUUGCCCAUCGUUAAAAUUGACCCUUAUACAUAUCAACAAAUGACAACGGCUGGUCAUGAACAAUUAACACAACAUCCAUCAUUUCAACAUGAACAACAUCUAUUCUUUGGCAAUCGAGACAGAAGCCGAAUAGCACAAGGAUCAGAAUCAUCUACUGAUAUUAAUUGGCGAAUUUAA